AUGUCGACAGCAGCACCUUGCUCACCAGAGCAACCGCCAGCCAAGCGCAUGCGUUCGCGCCCACCAACUCAACCAGAUACGACUCGUAUUAACGGCGCUGCUUCUUCUUCUACCUCGGCUCCAUCCUGCGUACAAGACAAGCAGCAACGAAAAGCAGACGCACGUCGCACACGCCAAAAGCGCAAAGACUAUGCCAAGCAACUCACCAAAACCGGCCGCGAACCGAUCGAGUUGGACAUCGAAGAACUUCUCUCCAUCCGCAAAGUGACCGAUAUCCUCUCGGAAGGCCUGGAAUACUCGAACAGAUUCGAAAGAGGAACUCGCCUCACCCUCCAAAUCAAACGUCUUGAUGCACAUGGAGAUGGACUUGCUAUCGCUCCUGAACGCGACUGGGUCAUCGCCAUCCCCCACACCUUGCCUGGAGAGAAAGUAGUGGCUGAGAUCACAAGCAACGAGCGCCUCUACUCCAAAGCCAAGCUGAUCGAAGUGCUGGAGAAGAGCGAUGUUCGAAAAGACGAGCUGGUUAGGUGCAAGUACUUUGGCGACUGUGGCGGUUGUCAGUAUCAGAUGAUUGACUAUGAGCGUCAACUGGAGAUUAAGCGUGGAGUGGUCGAGCGAGCUUUUGCACGCUUCUCAGGCCUAGAUCCAAGCUUGGUACCUCAGGUGCUACCAACGAUUGCAAGUCCAAACCAGUACAACUACCGCACGAAACUCACUCCCCAUUUCGAGCUGCCGUACGAACUGCGUCGAGGUAGGAGAAGCGGCAUUCGCAACAACGCCAACAGAGAGGUUGUGGAGGGAGCAGAAAAGAGGCAAUACUCGGUAGCCAUCGGCUUCGACUGCAUUGGAACAAAACGUGUUAUGGAUAUCGAAGAAUGUCCUAUCGCUACAAAGACGAUCAAUCGCGCGCUACCCGAAGCCAAGCAAAAAGUCAGAGAUGGUAUCGAAAGCUUCAAGAAUGGUGCGACUAUUCUGCUGCGAGACUCACUUAGGACGUACGAGAGCUUUGCGGAGGACCAAGCAGUUACUCAACCCCCAGGCGGAGAGGUGGAGAAGGAACUGGAUACCCAAGUAGUGACGGACCACAAGGCUACAGUGAAGGAACGAGUUCUGACAACCAAAUUCGAGUCUCCGGCAGGCACCUUCUUCCAGAACAACCGAGGCAUUCUUCCUAAUCUCCUUGACUACGUGCGUGAGGCAAUCGUCUCUUCCUCCACCCCUGACAGUGCAGAGGAGAGGUACUUAGUAGAUGCUUACUGCGGCUCGGGGCUGUUCUCUCUCUGCCUAGCCUCGCUCUUCGGUGAGGUAUCUGGAGUCGAAAUUUCUUCCGAAUCCAUCAAGUACGCCACGAAGAACGCAGAACUCAACUCGAUUACCAAUGCAAAGUUCCUCGCUGGCAAUGCAGAAGACAUCUUUGCUAAGAUUCAGUACCCUGCAGACAAAACAACGGUGAUUAUCGACCCACCUAGGAGAGGAUGCGAUGAGGAAUUCAUCAGACAACUGGUGAAAUUGGGGCCAAAGCACAUCGUUUAUAUCAGCUGCAACGUUCAUACGCAGGCAAGGGAUGUGGGCCAACUGAUAGGCAUGGAGGCAAAGUACAAGAUCAAGAGUGUCAGGGGGGCGGAUCUGUUUCCUCAGACACAUCAUGUUGAAGGUGUCGCGGUUUUGGAGCGCGAGGAAGCAUAA